AUGGUUGUCGUUGUAGAUGACAAGCCAUAUCCUAUGCACAUAGCAUCAUCAUCCUCUCUUUUAUUCUCGGGUUCAGCCCCACACCCUGAAAAAGGCUAUCAUUAUGCCAAAGUCGACUCCACUGGAAACAUCCUUGAAAAUGAGCCAUUUGAUCGGAAGCCAUUUGAAGGCGAUGCUACACCCAACGAGCAUUACAAUAGAACCUGGAAUACAUGGAAGAUCCCUCAACUGCUUCAAGUCUUGGAUCCAUUGCCAGCUAUUCAUCGCGUCGAUAGCAAGCUUCAUAUUGACGGCGAGAUCCCCACAAUCCACAUUACAGGCGAUGACCAGGCCAUUCAAAAUAUGCAUAAGCAUGAUAAGGAUGACAUCCAAGUGAAUACUACAAUGACCUAUAUUAGCCUUCAUGAUGUCCAAACGUUUUCCGGUGUCGAAUUUGAAAUCUCUGGUCGUUUCUCACGUGAAGCUUCUAAGCUAGCAUACAAUCUUAAGCUUCCCAAAAAGACUUACCUUUAUGGAUACCGACGCCUCAAGCUACGAUCAUUGGCAACUGAUCCCUCCUACAUUCGUGAGGAUUUGGGAUACAAGAUGUUGGCAGCUGCAGGAGUGCCUACCACUGAUACCAGCUAUGUCAGAGUGUAUCUAAACAAUCAACCACUUGGCCUAUUUGGAUUUAUCGAGAAAUUUAAAAACCCUUGGUUGCGCAACGAAUUUGCCGAUGGUAAUAAGGAUUACCAACAAGGCACAUUGUAUCAAGGCAAAUACACCAAUCCCAAAGCAGAGCUUCUUGGUGGUCGUGUCUCCGACCUUAGCUACUACGGCGACAAGGAGGGCCCUUAUGCCUUGGGCGAGUAUAAAAUAGCAGAAGAUCCAUCCGAAGGUGAACCCAACUACAAGGCUCUUAUCGAGUUGACCAAGUUCCUUGACAAGGCACCAUCUACAAAGGAAGCAUGGGAGGCCCACUUUGAUAUGGAGAGCGUGUUAAGAGGAAUGGCUCUUGAAUUCUUGCUUGGUUUUGCUGAUGGCUAUUUGACUGUGGCUGAUAACUAUUAUGUGUAUCAGACAUCUCCUAACAGCACCAAGUUCAUCUUUAUGCUAUGGGACAUUGAUCUCAGCCUAGGAUCCACAUCACUCAUCGAAAUGUCCCAAAUCGAAGCAGGUGACUGGCACAAGUUUACCAGUUCAGUGACAAAGCGACCCCUCAUGAAAUUCCUCCAAGUACCCGAAUACGCAAAUCGAUUCGAUCAAUUAAUACAAGAACUCAACGACAAGCUGAUGACCCCCGAUGUACUUGGCCAACGCAUUGAUGAAACGGCGGCAAUGCUUAAAGAGGAUGUUGAAUGGGAUAAAUCAUGCCCACGUGUUAGCAGCGUUGGCUUGCUCAAUUACAAUGAUAUGGCUGUGCUCGCUCAUGCGUUUGGCUUUAUGAAGACCGUCGAUGUCAGCAUGCACACCGUUCAUGACUUUAACCAACGACAACGCCAUGAUGAUGUUGAUUUCAUGAAUGCUGUCAAUGGACCUACAGGCUACAAGCACUCUUUGGUUGGUCUCAAGGAAUUCAUCAAGGUCAAGCAUCAAAACGUCGCUGAUCACUAUGACAACGAGCAAAAGUAG